AUGUCCUGGGUCCACAUCAGAGGGAUUUUUCUCACCCUGUGUUUGGCUCCAACUGCUUUAUCGAGCCUGCAUCCUGAAUGUGAGUACAUAUUUCAGCUGGAAAAAGAGGAGCAUCACUGCCUUCAGAGCAUUGCAGCGCAGGCCAACGGAAGCCAUGAAGGUUGUCGACCAGUCUGGGAUGUAGUCAUCUGCUGGCCUCACGCAGUCAUUGGAGAAAUGGUCCAAAGAGGUUGUCCUGCAGUCUUCUCCCUCUUCAAAAACAACACAGGUUCAGUGAGCCGUAACUGCACCAGUGGAGGUUGGUCCAGGCCCUUCCCACCGUACCACAUUGCCUGCAGUGUGGACGUUGACAUUCCUGAAACAGAAGAGUCAUACUUUGCUACUGUGAAGCUCAUAUACACCAUCGGCUACAGUGUUUCUCUAGUGGUGCUGGCUGUUGCUGUGUUGAUCCUCUUGCUCUUCAGGAGGCUACGCUGUGCCAGGAACUUCAUUCACAUCCAGCUGUUUAUUACGUUUAUCCUAAAAGCUGUGUCGGUGUUCAUAAAGGAUGCUACUCUGUUCUCAAGUGACAACAUCAACCACUGCACCCUUUCCAAGUUUGCCUGUAAGGCCUCUGUGGUCUUCUGUCACUACUGUGUAAUGGCUAAUUUUUUCUGGCUCCUGGUGGAGGCGCUCUACCUCAAUUCCCUGCUGCUCUCCUUCUAUCACAGCCGUCGAUCCCUGUGGGGCUUCAGCCUGCUAGGAUGGGGUGUACCUGUGCUGUUCAUUAUCCUGUGGAUUGGAUCCCGGCUGUAUUUUGAGGACACAGAGUGUUGGGACAUCAAUGAAGACUCGCCCUAUUGGUGGAUCAUCAAGGGACCAAUUGUUGUGUCCAUAGCGGUCAAUUUUAUGCUCUUUAUGAACAUUAUCAGAAUCCUAAUACAGAAGCUCAAUCCUCGGCUGAUCCAGUUCAAUAACUCCUCUCAGUACAGACGCCUGACCAAGUCCACCCUCCUCCUCAUCCCGUUGUUUGGUACUCACUACAUGUUCUUCAAUUUUCUGCCCGACUACUUCAGUGUUAGCCUUCGCCUCUGUAUCGAGCUCUGCAUGGGAUCCUUCCAGGGGCUCCUCGUUGCAAUUCUCUAUUGCUUUCUCAAUCAAGAGGUCCAGAAAGAGGUCCACAUGCAGUGGCUGAGGUGGCAGGGCAAGAGCUAUGGGGUGGUGUCACCUGCUGCAAGGGGCAGCCAGAUGGACACGCCCUUCUAG